GACUGUAGGAAGGCAGCCACCUGUUGCUCCACAGAGCGGACAUCCUGCCCACCGGGCUCCCCCCCGUUGUCAACGGUCACCGCCCGGGCGUAUGACCAGGGUUUGAUAUUGAGCCCGGUCACAAUCACGUCAUUGACCCUGGUGUACUGCUCCAGCUCCGCCACUCGAUUCUCCAGGUGCACCAGACGCCGGUCCUUCUCGGCGUUCUGGAUCCGGAGAGCCUUCACUUCCUCCACCAAGUCCAGGAUGGAUUUCUGCUGCUUGCUCACAACUGAAAUCUCCUCGGACAAGAAGUCCAGAGACUUCUUGAUGUCCUCGCCCUCUUCGGCUGUCAGAGCCUUCUUCGGACCCAUGUUGCUAGGUAACGCGAGAUGCAGGCGUGCAGAUGUGAGCAGUUGAAAGCACAGAGACAGAGAGACACAGGGGUGUGGCCGACACAGGGGGAGAACACACAGCACCACAACUGGGGCAACAACGGGAAGUCUGUUAAAGAAAAAAGCUGUUUCAUAUUGGUCGACUUUGCCAACGUUGACGCAAGACUAUGGAAGAACUUGGAAGGAUUCGCUAUAAAUUUAUCGAACUGUUAUUGGACCAAGAUGUCAUCAAACUCCUGCGUUACCUUAGGGAGAUGAAUGUGUUGAAUGACGAGGAGAAGGAGACUGUAGAGGGGUGGAUAACAAGUGAAGACAGAGCACGUUGUCUCAUUGACACGGUGAUGAAGAAAGGGGAGAGAGCAUGUAGUGUGAUGGUUGAUUAUCUGACUGAGAAGCCCCCUGAACUAUGGCCGACCCUGGGUCUGACCCCAACUUCUGCUCGGAUCAAACUUGAAAGGAUUGGCCCUAAAUUAGUCUACACGUUGUCGGACAACGAUGUCAUCAAUCUCCUGCGUUACCUUAGGGAGAUGAAUGUGUUGAAUGACGAGGAGAAGAAGACUGUAGAGGGGAAGACGACCAGAGAAGACAAAGCACGUUGUCUCAUUGAUACAGUGCUGGGGAAAGGGGAGAGAGAAAUAAGCCUGAUGGUUGAUUAUCUGACGGCAGGGCAACCUGAACUAUGCUCAACCCUGGGUCUGACACCAACUUCUGCUCGGAUCAAACUUGAAAGGAUUCGCUCUAAAUUAGUCGACUUGUUGUCAUGCAACGAUUUCAUCAAUCUCCUGCAUUACCUUAGGAAGAUGAAUGUGUUGAAUGACGAGGAGAAGAAGACUGUAGAGUGGAAGACAAACAGAGAAGACAAAGCACGUUGUCUCAUUGAUACGGUAAAAGAGAAAGGGGGGAAAGCAAACAGCCUGAUGGUUGAUUAUCUGACGGAGAAACACCCUGAACUAUGCUCAACCCUGGAUCCGACCAAAACUGCUCAGAUCAAACUUGGAAGGAUUGGCUCUAAAUUAUUCGGCAUGUUGUCGGACCACGAUGUCAUCAAUCUCCUGCAUUACCUGAGGGAGAUGAAUGUGUUGAACGACGAGGAGAAGAAGACUGUAGAGAGGAAGACAAACAGAGAAGACAAAGCACGUUGUCUCAUUGAUACGGUGUUGGAGAAAGGGGAGAGAGCAAGUAGCCUGAUGGUUGAUUAUCUGACGAAGAGGCAGCCUGAACUAAGGAUAGGGUUUGGUGGGGAUCCGUCAUUCAGUAGCAGACAGGAGAGUCCUGGUCUGAUGUCCCCGUCUCUGCCCCUCGAAAUGCAUGAAGGCGACAGCGAGCUGGGACUUGUAAAGGAUCGUUCUAAAUCUGAUAAGAAGAAGCUGUCAUUCAGUAGUGGACAGGGGGGCCGUCCUGGACAAAUAUCUGAUAAGACGGUGGUAAAGCCAAGGACAAAAAACAAAGGGGAGCUUCAAAGGAUCCAUUAUGAAUUUGUGAAGACAGUUAAAAUCGCAGUUAUCAGAGGUCUCCUGGAUGACCUUUUGCAGCAGAAAGUGUUCAGUACUGAGGAGAAAGACUCUGUGAUGGAGAAGGGGAAGAUCAAAACGGACAUGGCAAGGUCUCUGAUCGACAUGGUUAUCGGGAAAGGGGAGAAACAAAGUCGGAUAAUGAUUAAAAAUAUGAAGAAGAGGGACCCUGACUUAUGCUCCACCCUGGGUCUGAUCUCUUCUCCUGCUGGUGUGGGACAAAUAUCCGAUAAGACGGUGGUAAAGCCAAGGACACAAAACAAAGGGGAGCUUCAAAGGAUCCAUUAUGAAUUUGUGAAGACAGUUAAAAUCGCAGUUAUCAGAGGUCUCCUGGAUGACCUUUUGCAGCAGAAAGUGUUCAGUACUGAGGAGAAAGACUCUGUGAUGGAGAAGGGGAAGAUCAAAACGGACAUGGCAAGGUCUCUGAUCGACAUGGUUAUCGGGAAAGGGGAGAAACAAAGUCGGAUAAUGAUUGAAAGUAUGAAGAAGAGGGACCCUGACUUAUGCUCCACCCUGGGUCUGAUCUCUUCUCCUGCUGGUGUGGGACAAAUAUCCGAUAAGACGGUGGUAAAGCCAAGGACACAAAACAAAGGGGAGCUUCAAAGGAUCCAUUAUGAAUUUGUGAAGACAGUUAAAAUCGCAGUAAUCAGAGGUCUCCUGGAUGACCUUUUGCAGCAGAAAGUGUUCAGUACUGAGGACAAAGACUCUGUGAUGGAGAAGAAGAAGAUCAAAACGGACAUGGCAAAGUGUCUGAUCGACAUGGUUAUCGGGAAAGGGGAGAAACAAAGUCGGAUAAUGAUUGAAAGUAUGAAGAAGAGGGACCCUGACUUAUGCUCCACCCUGGGUCUGAUCUCUUCUCCUGCUGGUGUGGGACAAAUAUCCGAUAAGACGGUGGUAAAGCCAAGGACACAAAACAAAGGGAAGCUUCAAAGGAUCCAUUCUGAAUUUGUGAAGACAGUUAAAAUCGCAGUUAUCAGAGGUCUCCUGGAUGACCUUUUGCAGCAGAAAGUGUUCAGUACUGAGGACAAAGACUCUGUGAUGGAGAAGAAGAAGAUCAAAACGGACAUGGCAAGGUGUUUGAUCGACAUGGUUAUCGGGAAAGGGGAGAAACAAAGUCGGAUAAUGAUUGAAAGUAUGAAGAAGAGGGACCCUGACUUAUGCUCCACCCUGGGUCUGAUCUCUUCUCCUGCUGGUGUGGGACAAAUAUCCGAUAAGACGGUGGUAAAGCCAAGGACACAAAACAAAGGGGAGCUUCAAAGGAUCCAUUCUGAAUUUGUGAAGACAGUUAAAAUCGCAGUUAUCAGAGGUCUCCUGGAUGACCUUUUGCAGCAGAAAGUGUUCAGUACUGAGGACAAAGACUCUGUGAUGGAGAAGAAGAAGAUCAAAACGGACAUGGCAAGGUGUCUGAUCGACAUGGUUAUCGGGAAAGGGGAGAAACAAAGUCGGAUAAUGAUUGAAAGUAUGAAGAAGAGGGACCCUGACUUAUGCUCCACCCUGGGUCUGAUCUCUUCUCCUGCUGGUGUGGGACAAAUAUCCGAUAAGACGGUGGUAAAGCCAAGGACACAAAACAAAGGAAAUGGAGGCCUGAAAAGAAAUGGAAGUAAAUCAGAAGAAGUGGCCAAUAAGAAACCUUGCACGGUUGAUGUGUCAGACAGCAUCACUGAAACCCGCUCCAUAGGGAAGACUCUGACUGACAAGGAGCUCAAUAAUGUGGCCAAAACGCUGGGAAAUGAGUGGGAGCAGAUUGCCAUCCAUCUGCAAAUAACGACCAAAGCUUUGGAGGACAUCAAGGCAGAACAUAAAUCUGUGGCCAUGCAGAAGCUGAAGAUGUUGGUGAUGUGGAAGUGCCGAAGACCACCAGGAAAGGCCACAGCUCAGGACCUGCUGGAAGGUCUGAAAGACCUGGAGGACGUACCGGCCGAGACUCGUCAGUUAUUGACAGACUUGAUUAAGCAGUAGCCAUAGUGAACUAGAUAGCUCUUUCCAAAGAGAACAAUGAAGAUAUGCAGAAUAACCUGAAACAGUGAAGCUGUCUGUGAAUGCAUCCUGGUCGUUGGGAUACGGCCAGAUGAUGACAACAGAGACAUUAUUCAAAAGUGUAAGCAGCCGUAAGAGCUAGGCUCUUGUCGAGUCCAUCUUUACCAUAUAAACUCUUUAAAUGGCACAAUUGCUCAUACAGCUUUGCUCCACCAGCUUUGGUCAAGAUGCACAUACUUUGUAUGUGUCAUGGCAUUUUUGAAGCGUUAGCAUCAGUUGGGACCCUGUGCUGUGUUAUCGGCCCCUUCCACAAUAAUUCAAAAUAUGGACAGAUUUAUUAAAUUCUGUACUUUUAGAUUACAUUUAUCUAACUGACACUUAAGUGCAAAGCGACUUACAAUGAUUGCAUUCCACAAUGGGAGAUUCAACCCAAAAAGAGCAGGAAUCGUGCAAGUACAUGAAAUGCAUUCGGUAAGGAAACUUCUUUAAGUGCUAAAUUAUAGAAACAAGAGAUGAGUUUUCAGUCUGCAAUCUUCUUCCAAAUGUCUUGAACUUAAAGUAAUUAAUGAUGUCAUGUUUAGAAUAGGUCCUCCUUCCUCUGCUAUUACUAAGCUGUUCCCCUCAGGUACCUCCUAUAGACAAAACUAGAUGGUUGUGAUCACAGAGUUUCUGAAACAAGUUGACUUCAUGCCAAAGAAAGAUAAUGAUCAUUUUAAACCAUCCACUACGAUUUGCACAAUCUUUUUCUAAGGUUCCCCAAGAGGCAGCUGGUACUGUGUCGGUUCAUUGUUUUUAUAUAUAUUAUGUUAACUUUCUGAGCCCGAGCCAGGAAGGUUCAGACGUCUGUUUGGGGAAAAAUAAAAGUGGUUUGUUUGUGGGAAAGGCUGCCUUCUUGCUUUAUUGUCCAAUAUAUUUCUGUACUAGUCAUGCCAACAUAUUCAAUAUCAAUUAAAACGUCAAUGACAUUAAUAUAAUUCAACAGCAUUCAAUAGAUAAUGGGAUACAUUAGUGUAAAGCUAUUAGUCCCAUUCAGCUCAAUGAUUAGUAAUUAUUAUGUUGACAUGGAAAGAAAAUUGCGUUCAAUGUAAAAGGACCUUUACUUGUAAGCUGUGACCUAUAGUUUUACAUUUACAGACUUAACUAGAAUUCUUACCAUUCCUGAAGAAAUGGUACUUGCAAUGCCACUACAUCUGUGUAUUUGUUUGUGUAUGUGUGCUCACCUUCAUCAACCUCAGCACUGGCAACUGGCAAAAAGACAAAACAGAAGGGAGGGUGAGAUGGAGGAAUGGUAAAUCUGCAACCAGACACAAUUCUGCAGUUAGCAGUGAUACGUUUUGUAUAGAAGCAAUCCUAUGAACUUUAUAGACACACACACAACAGAAUGCAAUACUUCUGUUGUCAGAUCACCUAGUCAUUGAGACUCAAAGCUCAAUGGAAGAGUGUAACUGCUCACCCUUAUUAUCUUCAUCAAUCUCAGCACUGGUGUCUGGCAAAAAGACAAAACAAGAAGGGAGGGUGAGAGGGAGGGAGGGAGAAGCCUGGAGGUAUGUAGCGUGAGAAGAGAACCAGAACUCUUACCAGAAUCUGAAUCUGAAGCGUCCUUCUCCUCAAGCCAGCACACCGUGGGGAACAUGCAUGCUGUGGCUUUUGUGAGAAAGAGAGAGAAAGAGAGAACAGGUUUUGUCAUGCACCACAAAGCAUUCCCUGUAUUUGAUCAUUGAGUGUGUGUGUUUAGGAAAUGUUAUACUCCAAUAAACGAUUGUUAACAUGAAUACAUUUGUAGUUUGUUUCUAAUUAAUAGUCAUGUUAUGUACAUUUUUGCAUAUUUUUACCCACAAUACUGAAAUUGAACAGCUGACUUCCUUGGGUUACUACUAAUAUACAAAAUUCCACAAAUAACCCAACUGGACUCUCAACAUGACCACAGCUUGCAGGGUUUUCAUGUAAACUUACAAACUACAUUAAUAUAGGUAAUAUAUGUAUCAUGUAUCAUGAUACAUGAUAGGCCUACUCAACGUUGAGCCUAUUUUCCAAACAUUUUGGGGUUAAUUAAAUGCAGACAGCGAUUCUUAAGGGUAUGUUACUUAUCAACUCUUGAGUGGUGUAUCAACUCCCAUUCGGCCUGACUAUAAAUUCACUUUUUUAAUCUAUCAAUCACAACAUCCAUCAAUUUAUCUACUUUUGCAGACAAAUAUUUGAAUACAAUUAUCUGUUACAAGUAGGCCUAUAGUAGGAGACC